AUAGCUGACAACCCUCGUGGUUCCAAAACUUCUGAUUGAUCAUUGUUAAUCUUGAACGGUAGUUCUCUAUCUUUAUCAACAUGAUUUCUCAAAUAUACCCUUUGUUUCAACCCUUUAAACACACUGAACAAAAGGGUUGUUUUAGUCAUAAAAAAUGGUUCACCUUCGAUAUAAACUGAUGCAUACCCUUCUUUCUCUAUUCACUCUUCAGUAUUUUCUUUCUGCCUUGUCUUAGGCCUGAGACAAUACUUUCAAAUGUGAAAUGAUCCGUUUUACCCCUCAAACCAUUUUUAUUUCCCUCUUACUAUUACUCGGUAUCCUGUACUUCAUCUAUUAUCAACGGAAAUGGCAUCCAAACUACAGGUCAAAGCUAAAUUUACAGUUACAGUCAGUAACCCCACCGUCACCGCUCAGACUCCCUAUAAUCGGUCACCUUCACCUCCUCACUGACAUGCCACAUCACACCUUCUCUAAACUAGCUGAAAAACUCGGUCCAAUAAUUUACCUCCGACUCGGCCAAGUUCCCACCAUCGUCGUCUCCUCAGCUCAACUUGCUCGACUCAUCCUCAAAACUCACGACCACGUCUUCUCAAAUCGUCCGCAACUCGUCUCCGCUCAGUACCUCUCCUUCAACUGCUCUGACGUCACGUUUUCCCCUUACGGCCCUUACUGGCGCCAAGCUAGGAAAAUCUGCGUCACCGAGCUGCUCAGCUCGAAACGUGUUAGCUCGUUCCAACUCGUCCGAGAUGAGGAGGUGACACGGUUGCUGACGACGUUAUCAACUAAUUCAGGGUCAGAAGUCAACGUGAGCGAGCUUUUCUUCUCCUUAGCGAAUGACAUCCUAUGUCGAGUAGCAUUUGGAAGGAGGUUCACGGAAGGGGUAGGGUCAGAUCAGGGGCAAAAGCGACACCUGGUAGGGGUGUUGACGGAGACCCAGGAGCUGUUCGCUGGGCUGAGCAUAGGGAAUUUUUUUCCCGAGUGGGAGUGGGUACACUCAGUGAGUGGGUACAAGAGGAGGUUAAUGAAGAUUUUGGAAGAGUUGAGGAGGGUUUGCGAUGAGAUAAUAGAGGAGCAUCUGCAUUUGCAAUCGAGAGGGACUGCGAAGGAGGGGAAUAAAGAGGAUUUCGUGGAUGUUCUGCUGAGGGUGCAAAAACGAGAUUACUUGGAAGUACCCAUAACUGAUGAUAAUCUCAAGGCUCUUGUUCUGGACAUGUUUGUUGCUGGAACUGAUACAACAGCUGCAACCCUGGAAUGGACAAUGACAGAAUUAGCUAGGCACCCUGAAAUGAUGAAGAAAGCACAAGAAGAGGUUCGAAGCAUUGCAUGUAAAGCCGGGAGGGUUGAUGAGAGUCAUCUUCAACACCUUCACUACAUCAAGGCUGCGAUCAAAGAGACGAUGAGACUACAUCCAUCGGUACCUUUACUGGUUCCACGAGAAUCGAUGGAUGAAUGCAUUCUUGAUGGCUACAAAAUACCUGCAAAAACUCGGGUCCUGAUCAAUGCCUAUGCUAUAGGACGAGAUCCAAAUUCAUGGGAGAAUCCUCUGGAAUAUAAUCCUAUGAGAUUUGAGGAUACAAACAUUGGUGCCAAGGAUCAGGAUUUUAGGUUUCUACCAUUUGGAGGUGGGAGAAGAGGUUGCCCAGGUUACACCUUUGGUCUGGCAACAGUUGAGAUUGCACUUGCUCGGCUCUUGUUUCACUUUGAUUGGGCAUUGCCUCAAGGAGCAGGCACUGAUGAUGUGGACCUCAAUGAGAUUUUUGGUCUGGCUACGAGAAAAAGAACUCCUCUCGUACUAGUCCCAACGAUGAACAGAGGACUAUGGAUUUAAGUAGGAUGAUGAAUUGGUGAUCAGAAGUAGACUCCUGCGGUCAAAGAAUAAAUUGGUUUUCUUUCACUUGCUGUUGUCUAUCUAAUAAUGUCGAAUACUCGUAACAAAAUAAAGGGAAAUUCUAUUU